GAUCACACUGAGCCUCCAACAUCACCCAGUAUCACAGUUAAACCUUUGAACCUGGAGCUGACCACAACUCCAGAACCUACUACAGAGUCUGAACAUUCUACAGCCCGGCAGCAGACUACAGCUCCCCCUCCAAAACACCCUGAGGUGACACUUGCACAACCAAACCUGUCUCAAGUCACAGUUUCACCUGUGGACCUGGGAGUUAACGUAUCUCAGCAACCGAGGCCAUCUGAGACGGUUCCUUUUCCUUCGACUCAGUAUUCAGUAUCCACAGGUCUUCCUGGUGUAAGAUAUACCCCAGAAAAGCAGCAGCCAGGGCAGAAUGCCACCACAAACAUCAGCAUAUGUGAGCUCUGUACCUGCAAAAAUGAGACACUGUCGUGUGUUGGUCUCAGCCCAAAGCAGAAGCUCCACAGAGUGCCUGAGCCAGAGCCUGACGCCUACAACGGCACCUUCACCCUCCUAAAUUUCCAAGGAAACUCUAUUUCUUACCUUGAUGAAAGUAUAUGGAAGGCAUACCGCUGGGCUGAGAAGCUAGAUUUAUCCUGCAAUAAAAUACAGUCUAUCGAAAGACGUACAUUUGAACCACUACCUUUUUUGCAGUUUAUAAAUCUUGGUUGCAAUUUACUCACAGAACUGAGCUUUGGAACGUUUCAGGCCUGGCAUGGAAUGCGCUUUUUACACACGUUGUAAGUGAAAUAGAAGAUG